GUGAAGUGAGAGGUCACGGUGGUUCUUACGUAAGGGGCCAGAGCGCGCGGCGGGAACUGGAGACCCGUCGGCGGAGAGGGGUGCGUCUAGGCGGCCCUGCGCUCCCUUUGAUUGGCCGGCAGGAUGACGAACGCAUUUACAGUCGGCCCUGUGGCAGUGGGAGCGUGCGUCAGCUUUGCGUAAUCGGGGAAGGAGAAGGGGCGCGUCUGACCGCUCAGGGGGCCCGCCGAUUGGCUGGAUGGCGGCGGCGCCGGGUGGCCCGGGCCGCCGGAGGAGGGCGGUGCCGUGGGCCGGGUCCCAGCUUACUGGCGACCGGUUUUAGUCAGAUGAUAAUGGCAGCUCGGACCGGUCAGAGAGCCCUGAAAAAGGUGGUCUCGCGAUGCCGUCCGAAGUCGGCGGCAGCGGCCGGAGCCCCGGCUCCAGCGCAGGGGCCUGCGCGGAACGUCAGAUAUUUAGCUUCCUGUGGGAUACUGAUGAGCAGAACUCUUCCACUACAUACCUCAGUUUUGCCUAAGGAGAUAUAUGCAAGAACUUUCUUCAGAAUUGCUGCACCAUUAAUAAACAAAAGAAAAGAAUAUUCAGAGAGGAGAAUUAUAGGAUAUUCUAUGCAGGAAAUGUAUGAUGUAGUAUCAGGAAUGGAGGAUUACAAGCAUUUUGUUCCUUGGUGCAAAAAAUCAGAUGUAAUAUCAAGGAGAUCUGGAUACUGCAAAACACGAUUAGAAAUUGGGUUUCCACCUGUAUUGGAGCGCUAUACAUCAGUGGUAACCUUGGUGAAACCACAUUUGGUAAAGGCAUCCUGUACUGAUGGGAAGCUCUUCAAUCAUUUGGAGACUGUAUGGCGUUUUAGCCCAGGUCUUCCUGGCUACCCAAGAACUUGUACUUUGGAUUUUUCAAUUUCUUUUGAAUUUCGCUCACUUCUACACUCUCAGCUUGCCACGUUGUUUUUCGAUGAAGUUGUAAAGCAGAUGGUAGCUGCCUUUGAAAGAAGAGCAUGUAAGCUGUAUGGUCCAGAAACAAAUAUACCUCGGGAAUUAAUGCUUCAUGAAGUUCAUCACACGUAAAGAGAAAAAGGAAAUGGUCACCUACUUGUAACUAGUUUAUUCACUUUUAGGAAGUACUUUUAUCAUUUGCUUUCAGAAGUCAGAAAGCAUUUGUCAAACCCAGCUUUGAUUAUAAACCCGUACCAUUGAAAAUUUGCACUUGGAAUAUGGAACCACGUGUACAUAGAAUUCAAUCGAGUGUAAUUCAGAGUAAUAUGUAUAUUAGCAUAUUUACAAUAAUGGGAUGUCAUCACUAUUGCUAGAAUACUGACAUCACUCUUCUGAACAGAAAUUGAAACUGUAAAUUUAAACCUUUUAGUUAUCACCUCACCUGAAAGAGGUUGGUUGAGAUACUCAUGCAGUGUGUAUUAUAUUAACCAUAUCACUUUUAAGUUAUUAAAUUCAGACUAUUUAUAACUUAUUGUCUUAGGGUCUGCCUCAUGGCUUAGGAUAUUUUAGUAAUCAUCAGAUGUUUAAAGUAAAAACUUUGACUUAAAAAUACUGUUAGUGAAGGUUCCUUGGCACUUUUCUUAUUUUUAAAUUGUUCUUGUGGGUAGUAGUAGAUAAUUUGGUGUUAUACUGAGGUUAGCUUCCACAUAAACAGCGAUUUUUUUUUUUUUUUGGUGAGUGGUCCAGAGUUUUAAGCUACUUUUCUCAUAGUUUGCAGCCCUCUCCCCGGUACUUUGACUGCUCUUUCAAAAAUGCUGUUUGCGUGUCAAAUUUUGUCUACAGCAGUGGGCAGUAGAUGAAGAUAAUAAGUUGGUGUCAAAUUUUGUCUACAACAGUGGGCAGUAGAUGAAGAUAAGUUGGUUGAGAUGUCUCCAGCACCAUGCAUCCUUAUUUUCUAUUUAUUGUGUGUACUCACUUUCAAUAAUGCAUUUCAAACUGAUAUUUUUGUAAACAAAUCAAUGUAAGGACUGAA